UUUUAUUUACCCACCGAAAUUUCCCCUUUAAAAACCCUAACUAGGACAUAUAUUUCUUUCAAAAAUUUCACUCCAUCAUUGUGUGAUCCUUAAUUGCUAUGAAAAAAUAAUUAAUUAACACUAGUAGUGCAAUUGAUUGUGAAGAAACAUGCUGAAACCAAAGCCAUUCAAGGGAGCGAGUGUGUUCAUGUCACGCAACCUGGUGGCGCCGGAGAUAUUCGACGCUCUUCUGGACGCGCUGAAGCUCAACGGAGCUGAGGUCUUUCUCUGCUGCGACCCCUCUCGUACCGGCCCCAGCGAUUUCCAUGUUAUCUCCUCUUCCGAUCACGAGAAAUUUGAAGAUCUUAGAGCCAAGGGAUGUAAUUUGUUAGGUCCUCAAUGUGUGCUUUCUUGUGCCAAAGAAAAUAGAGCGCUUCCAAAACAAGGUUUCACUUGUUGCCUUGCAAUGGAUGGUGUCAAAGUACUUGCCUCUGGUUUUGAUAUGGAUGAAAAGGUUAAGAUAGAAAAGUUGGUCACAGCAAUGGGGGGAGUAUUGCAGACUAAAGCAUCAUUGGAUGUUAACUUUGUCAUUGUAAAGAAUGUUUUAGCUGCAAAGUACAAGUGGGCUUUAAACACUCUAAAGAAACCAAUUGUUACCAUCAAUUGGUUAUCUCAAUGCUGGAACGAGCACCGUGUUGUUCCUCAGGAGUCGUACAGGGUUCUUCCUUCUGGUUUGAUGAUAUGUGUUACCAGAAUUCCUGCAGAUAAGCGGAAGGAGAUUGAAAAACUUAUCAUACAGAACGGAGGCAACUAUUCUCCUGAGCUGACGAAGAAAUGCACACACUUAAUUUGUGAUGCUCCAGAAGGUGACAAAUACAAAGUUGCCCAAAGAUGGGGCCAUAUUCAUAUUGUAAACAGGAAAUGGUUUGAUCAAUCUGUUGCUAGAAGAGCAUGUCUUAAUGAGGAGUCCUACACUGUUCAGGGUGGUUCUAUAUCUUCCAACAAAAGUGUAAGGAGUUGCUUGACGGUGCAGUGUAAAGAAGACAAGGGUAUUGGAAAUUCACUACCUUCACUAUCAUCCAUGGCUUCAGAUUCAAAUGUUUUUUCUGUUCCCAGCACUCGGUUUGAAGAUCAAGAUAUAGAAGCCACUCUCUCACAGCAUACAUCUUCUAUUUUUGUGGAUGCUUCUGUUUCUAAAGAGGUUGAUAGCGAUGCCCCAACAGUGCAGACCAAAACUGAAUCAAAUCCCAAUAACUGUGUUGCUGAUGAUUCUCAGUCUGAAGACAAUGACUUAUACUUGUCAAAAUGUAGAAUAUCACUUGUUGGUUUUGAAGCUUCUGAAAUGCGCAAACUAGUUAAUAUGGUGCGUAGAGGUGGGGGCUCUCGUUAUGUGUCAUGCAAUAGCAGAUUGACACAUAUAAUAGUUGGAACUCUGUCAGAGGUUGAAAAAAGGGAAGUCAGAAGUCUUGCAGCUUUGGGUGUUAUUCAAGUGGUUAAAACCUCCUGGCUUGAAGAUUGUAUCCAAGAAAGGAAAGAAGUUCCUGUACUUCAGAAGCAUGUUGCCUAUGACUUGCUGCUACCUAAAGAUUCUGUCUGGUCACCAACGAAGCACAAACAUGCAUGA